UCAGUGUUGCUGGAAGAGCACAGCAGGUCAGGCAGGGUCCAAGGAGCAGCCAAUCCCUUCAUCAGGAAGGAAACAGGCCCCGCCCAGACACGUGACAUGUGACACGUGACUGGGAACCUCCCUAUACAGCAUAUCAUCCGCCGUCAUUUCCGCCACCUCCAAACGGACCCCACCACCAAGGACAUAUUUCCCUCCCCUCCCCUAUCAGCGUUCUGAAAAGACCACUCCCUCCGUGACUCCCUCGUCAGGUCCACACCCCCCACCAACCCAACCUCCACUCCCGGCACCUUCCCCUGCAACCGCAGGAAAUGCAAAACUUGCGCCCACACCUCCUCCCUCACUUCCCUCCAAGGCCCCAAGGGAUCCUUCCAUAUCCGCCACAUGCAUCCGCUGCACCUGAUGUGGCCUCCUCUAUAUUGGGGAGACAGGCCGCUUACUUGCGGAACGUUUCAGAGAACACCUCCAGGCCGCCCGGACCAACCGACCCAACCACCCCGUGGCUCAACACUUUAACUCUCCCUCCCACUCCACCAAGGACAUGCAGGUCCUUGGACUCCUCCACCGGCAGAACAUAACAACGGAACGGUUGGAGGAAGAGCGCCUCAUCUUCCGCCUGGGAACCCUCCAACCACAAGGGAUGAACUCAGAUUUCUCCAGUUUCCUCAUUUCCCCUCCCCCCAACUUGUCUCAGUCGAUUCCCUCCAACUCAGCACCGCCCUCCUAACCUGCAAUCUUCUUCCUGACCUCUCCGCCCCCACCCCCACUUCGGCCUAUCACCCUCACCUUGACCUCCUUCCACCUAUCCCACCUCCAUCGCACCCUCCCCCAAGUCCCUCCUCCCUACCUUUUAUCUUAGCCUGCUUGGCAAACUCUCCUCAUUCCUGAUGAAGGGCUCUGGCCCGAAACGUCGAAUUUCCUGUUCCUUGGAUGCUGCCUGUCCUGCUGCGCUUUUCCAGCAACACCUUUUCAGCUCUGAUCUCCAGCAUCUGCAGACCUCACUAUUUCCUGUUUCUGACUGAGACACAACCUGCUCUCCCUCCAACACCGAGUUUUACCAAAUGUUUCUCAGCAGCCUCUCGGUCUCCUGUCAGUGUCUGCCUCUGAUCCUGAUCGCAGUCCCGGUCCCGGGAAAGGAGCUGCAGGGACACAGCUCACAGAAACUACUCCCCCCGCUGCUGCUGCUGCUGCUGCUAAAUGUUGUUGCUGCUGUUUCAGGUGACUCGCCUGUCCGAGUUUCUGGGUUCCUUGGGGAGCAGGUUGUGCUGCCCUGUACCUACAAAGGGAGUGUCCCAGUCUCUGAUUUACAGAUUAUUUGGGGGACGUCCAGGAGUGAAAUCGUACACAAGUUUGUCAAUGGGAGUGAUGAUUUCAGACAACAAGACCCACAGUUCAAAAGCCGAACAAAACUGUUCAAAGAUCAACUGGAACAAGGCAACUGGUCAGUUCUGAUCUCUGACCUCAGGGAGACAGACCAGGCCGAAUAUCAGUGUCAGAUUUACAGCAGGAUGGGAGAUCGCUUUCGAUGGCUGGAAGUUGUUUCAGUCCAUCUCUCUGUCACAGAGCGAGCUCCUACACCUGGACCGAACACACCUGUACCAGGUGACUCGCCUGUCCCAGUUUCUGGGUUCCUUGGGGAGCAGGUUGUGCUGCCCUGUACCUACAAAGGGAAUGUCCCAGUCUCUGAUUUAUGGGUAAUCUGGAGCAGAGAGAAGGAGGAAAUUUUAUCCGUGUUUGUCGAUGGGAAUGAUGAUUUGACCCAACAAGACCCAGAAACCGAGCGAACCUGUUCAAAGAUCAACUGGAACAAGGCAACUGGUCAGUUCGGAUCUCUGACCUCAGGGAGACAGACCAGGACGAGUAUCAGUAUCAGAUUUACAGCAAGAUGGAGGAGCACUUUCAUCGUGAUGGAGUUGUUCCAGUCCAUCUCUCUGUGAGAGGUCCUGGACUCUCCACUGGAGCAAGAGUUGGAUUGGGAAUCGGGAUUACUGCUGGGAUUGUUGGUGUUGCUGGAAUUGUGCUUUAUAUCAUCCAAAAGCGACAAAGAUGGAAACAAGAUCUAUACAACAUGGCAGUAUCGAAUGGUGUCCCUUUGAGAGAGGUGACCUGUUCAGGUGAAGCACGGAGCCUUGUACCAACAGCACCUGAGCAUCAGGAUGGAGCGGCUGGAGAACAAAACCUUCUGGGGAACGGGGCUGCCCAGCACUGACUGAGUUUCCACUGCACUGAGCCUGGCUCAGGGAGGGGGGAGUCAGCCCAGUGUUGGGGGGGAAUCAAGUGAUUCCUGGUGGAAAGUCUGAGCUCAGGAUUGGGAUCAACAGUCACUUCCCACUUUGCACAAACCCUUCUAAGAAGCACAAUCUCAGGAGAGAAACUGCCAAUGGACAUAUUAUCACUUUAUGACUCUGAACUGUAUUUUAUCUGUACAAUUAGAAUCAAAACGAUGGACAGCAUGGAAACAGACCCUUCAGUCCAACUUGUCCAUGCCGAUCAAAUAUCCCAACCUCAUCUAGUCCCAUUUGCCAGCACUUGGCCCAUAUCCCUCUAAACCCUUCCUAUUCAUAUACCCAUCCAGGUACCUUUUAAAUGCUGUAAUUGUACCAGCCUCCACCACUUCCUCUGGUAGCUCAUUCCAUAACACGUACCACCCUCUGUGGGAAAACGUUACCCCUUAGGUUUCUUUUAUAUCUUUCUCCUCUCACCCUAAACCUAUGCCCCUCUAGUUCAGGGCUCCCCCUCGUUUUGUUUCGGUGCCGUGACUCUUUUCGGCUUUGACAGAUUGUGAACAGCAGUGAAAGAGUUAAAUGUCCCCCAGACCCAAUCUUUGCUCAGACCCAUCCUUUCGGGCUGGACUGGAAAAUAAACAGUAAGGGGUCACGUCAGACUCCACCUGAAUGAGAGGAAAACCAAACAUUCCUAAAAUGCUCCUGUCUGGCCGGCCGAAUUCCUCAACACUCAACAGUGAAGGACAUUUAACUCUGACACCGCGGUUCACAAUCUGUCCCGAGCUGAAACGUGGCAUGGCACCAAAAUGAAGAU